ACAUGUCUUGCGAACAUCAUGGCCUCGAAGAAGACGCUCAUUUUGUCAUUUGGCCUUUCAAAGAGCUUUCCUCAAGGUAUGCAAAACUGCAAAGUCACCACCUCUUAAGAGCCGAAAUGUCUUGGGCACUUACUAGGCAUGCUUAAGUAACUUCGCUUACGCCAAGACGAAUCAAGUCAAACCACCAAAAGAUCUAGCAUCGCGGUCAGUAGUUCUAACCCUGUACGAUGAAAAUGCGCCAGAAAGAGCCGCGGAAGAUGAACUGCGCAGUAUGUUCCAACCUCGGUGCGGAGGAGGUCAAGGGCCAGAAGCUCGCCGCGAACCAGCGCAUGGCCAAGUUCAUCGAGCUUCAAGACCUCCAGCGAUCCACGACGAGCACAUCAUGCCGGCCCUGCCAGCUCCUCUGGGCUGCGUUGCGUCUGCGAAAGAAGGAUCUAGAUGAGCCCGGCGGCAAAGAUGUAUCUGGACUGCUGCAGAUGCGCUUCGCACCAGAUACUCCGCUCCAGAUUUCCGUGUCGGGCUGGGGAGAGGGUAACAUCGCUCUGGAGCUCUUCUCGCGACGAGACGACCACGGCACAUGCCAUCCGACAAUCGGUCCAGCCCAGGAAGUAGAGAGCCACUCCUCCUCCCCGGCCAGUCUUACCCUAGCAUCAUCAUGGCUCCAAGACUGCCUCGCAAACCACCCAUCCUGCAGACAAACAGCAUCAGCCUCGACCCUCCCGACCCGCGUAAUCGACGUCGGAACCAACGAAGACCACCACGAGCCGCGCCUCGUAGAGUCCCGCGGGGCCUCCGGCGCAUACGCAGCGUUAAGCUACUGCUUGGGCGAUCCAGCCUCCCACCCAGCCUUCAAGACCACCCGCCUCAACUUCGCCGCGCACCAAGAUGCCAUGCCAUACGCCGACAUGCCCCCGACCCUGCGGAACGCCGUCGCCGCCACCAGAAACCUAGGGCUGCAGUACCUGUGGAUCGACGCCCUCUGCAUCAUCCAAGGCGACGCCCAAGACUGGGCCAGGGAGGCGGGCCGGAUGUGCGAGGUCUACUCCAACGCGACGGUGACCAUCUCCGUAGACCACGCGGACGGGAGCGGCGUCGGGAUCUUUGCGCCCCAGGCCUUUGGCGUCCCGCCGCAGCGCCUCGACGAGCUCGGGGACGGCGUCGUGCGGCCAGUCUACGUCCGCGACGAGCUGAAGAGGAAACACAACGACAUCACCGUCCUUCUCCGGACCAUCGAGGCGGAAGGGGCACACGGGGAGCCCAUCAUUAAGCGUGCGUGGACGCUGCAGGAGGCGAUCCUGUCGAAUAGAACGCUGCACUAUACGACCAACGAGCUCGUCUGGGAGUGCAACACCUCGCGCUGCUGCGCCUGCCGCCGCGACCAACCCGUCGAGCUCGACGAGGAGUCGGUCCGGUGUUUCCGCUCGCCGGAGCUGUUCCGGGCGCUGUCGUUGGCGGAGAGGGCGUAUCUGCAGUGGCGGCAGGUCGUUCAGCUCUUCUCGGAGCGGUCCAUCAGCUUCGACGCGGACCGGCUGCCGGCGCUGUCUGGGAUGGCGAAGCAGUUCCGGCUGAUGCACGAGGACGUGUACGGUGGACGACAGGAAGACCAUCAGCGAAACCGGUAUAUUGCCGGCUUGUGGGAGGGAGACUUCGCGACGCAGUUGCUCUGGACCGCGGACGACGAUUACUGGCGUAAUCCCGAGACCGUCUCGCGACGGCCUGGGAAGUGGAGGGCGCCGAGCUGGAGCUGGGCGGCCAUUGAGGGGCCCGUCAUGUUCCAUCCCAUGUCGCACUUCAAAGGUGAUUUGGAGGUGUUGGAUGUCCGGGUAGAACCUCUCAUGGCGGAAGAUAUGUACGGUCAAGUCUGCGAGGGAGCCAGCAUCGUGGUGCACGGGGCUAUUGUACACGGCCUCGAGAUCACGACUACAGAGAUACAAGACGGUGAUUUGAUGAUGGGGUUUACGGAAGGCGUCAGGUACGACCUCGUGGAUACGAAGGCGAAUAGGUACACCAUGAUCUGCGACUAUGCAGGAUCGGUUGCUCGGUAUUCUUGCAUGCUGGUGGGAAAGACGUGGAACAAGGGCGAUCGAUGCCCGUCCGUAUCAUGGCUUCAUCGUCCUCGAGAGGGUGGAACCCGGGACUGACAUCUUCAGGCGGGUUGGCGUGUCGUUUCGAGCAGGGGGCCUUGAAGGACACGAACGAAGUGAAGCUUUUUGACGGCGUGGCUCGCGAUGUCAUCACUCUCGUCUGAAUGACACGAGGUUAAAACAAAACGAGUCCCCAAAAGUUUACUUUCCACGGAGAUGCACCCAAGUGGACAAAAUAAUGGACGAUCAGGGGAUUGAACCCUGGGCCUCCCGCAGGCGCUGAAGGAAUGCAAAGCGGGCGCUCUACCACUGAGCUAAACGCCCGGUAUUAACCAGAAACAUUUUCUGGCGAUGCAGAUUUGGACGCUGGAGCGGAGUCAUCAAUCCUCGUCCACCUUGCGUGCCUGCUCUCUGUCCAGCGCAUCUCAAGGUCAGGCUGAAAUCUCUAUGCAAACAAUUCUGACGUGAAAGCCCGCCUGGAGAUCCCCUCUCUCAUAGCCUAGAAAAGGCAAGGCGGCUGGCUGUGUGCUUCAUGGGAG